UCGAUCAACCCCGAACCCUAACCCACUCCAACCCACCCCCGCAAAGCCAACACUACACUACUGCACGGAAGUCUUCGGUUCCAUGUCUGUGAUUACUCACAGACUGCACCACAGAAGAAUCCGAACCCGCCAGCAAAGGCCCUACACGAAGAGGGAAACCAAGUCUGGGUUUCUCUCCUCGUGCGGUGCCUUUGAUGGCGAAGAAGAAGAAUCCGAGAAAGAGAAGGAGGAGGAGGCCCAUAAAUGGCAAGGACAGCCUCGAGGAUCCUCAUCUCCCUCGUGACAUGUCGCCAAACCCUUAGCCCCAGAGUCCAUGAGCACGGGGAAAUUAUUUCUUCAGAAGGUCCGGGGUGAGUGAUCUUAGGCGUACAUAGACGUGGGACCCGAUAGGCGUAGGUCCAUGGUGGGACCCGGCCCGGCCCCCGCUUCUCGUCUGCGACCGCCCUGGCGCUAUCCACAAACGCAGGAGCAUUGGCAGCAGUGGCUUCUCGGCCGGUCGCAGUGUCGAGGACGAAGUAGAAGCGAGCAGGGAAAGUGGCAGACGGCGAAUCGUGGGUUGUUCUUCGUAAGAGGUGGGCACAGAUUUUCUGGAGAAUUCUUAAAGUGUGUCUUCGAAUUUGGGUUUUGUGCUUGUGGUGGACACACUACAUCCUAGAAGUCGGGGCGAUGGCUGCCGGAGGUCUGAGAGGAGGACUCGACUCUCCGCUCGCUGUAACCACGAGGAGAAUUUUUUUAUCACGGCGGUUGUGAAGGUUAUUAGAAUUAGAUUUUGUGAAGUUCGGUUGCAGGGCAGGGCGGAGGGGUGAAGAAUCUCUGGUUUUUGUGAAGUUUGGGGAUUGGCAGAUGAUUGUGAUGGUUUGUUAGUUUGUACUGGAGGUUGUUUAAGAUGGCCGGAGGAGCGGUGACAAUCGCUUGCACGCUUACCAUGCGAGCUGUGCCGUCUUGGUGUACGAAUUCUCCGGCAACAAAUUUCUUACUUUCGCAAUUCCCAGCUGGUUUACGUGGAGAAGGAUUAGGGUUGAGAUUGGGGCGGAACAAAUGUUUUUGGCGAGUCCCCCAUGGAGAAAAGAAGGGCGGUUCGAAUUGGAGACUGCCCGAAUUGUCCUGCGCAUUAGGUAGUGAUGGCAAAGACUCUGCUCCAAGUGCUCCUAAAAAGGCCAUCGGGAUUCCCGUGCUAGACAGGGAUGAGAAAGGCAAUGUAGUUAUCAGAACAGCCAGGGUAGGUGAAAGUAUCAGUUUUGGACCAAUCGGAAAUGGGGGACCUAGCUUCAUGCCCAGCAGCACGAGGUCCAGUAGUUCGAAUCCGAGCAGGCCUCUUUCGACCAGUUCCAGUCCAAAUACCUCUAAGCAAAGUCAAUCGUCUGCCAAAGCUCCUUCUACGAGUAAUGUUAAACCCCGGGAGGAUGCUGCGAAAGGCGGUGACCGUACUAGGCCAAAAGCUGUAAAAUCUUCGUCCUCCCCAACAUCUAAAGAAACCACAACAAACCCGAGGAGAGGAAGCCCUGCAGCUGUAAAAUCUCCGUCCUCCCCAACAUCUAAAGAAACCACAACAAACCUGAGGAGAGGAGGCCCUGCAGCGAAAGCGCCAUCAGGACCGCCGCAGUAUUCCAAGGCAGCCAGAAGAUUCUACAAUGAGAAAUUUCGAGAGCCUGAGAGGCUCGCGAAAGUACUCGCCGCUGCCGGAGUGGCCUCCAGAAGAGCGAGCGAAGCGAUAGUAUUUGAAGGGCGUGUGUCCGUCAAUGGAAAAGUCUGCACUGUACCACAGACUCCUGUGGACCCUUUGAAAGACAUCAUAUAUGUGGACGGCAAUUCCCUCCCCAAGAAGAUGGCGACGAAAAUGUAUUUUGCCCUUAACAAGCCUAAGGGGUACAUCUGCUCGAGCGUGGAGGAAGGAAUGAAACCUGUUUUAUCUCUUUUUGACGAUUAUUUUAAAGUUUGGGCUCAAAGGAAUCCGGGAUUAUCUCGGCCUCGGAUGUUCACGGUUGGACGACUUGAUGUUGCAACCUCCGGACUCUUGCUGGUGACGAAUGAUGGAGAAUUCGCAAACAAGGUGUCUCAUCCAUCGUCCGGGUUGACCAAGGAGUACAUUGUCACAGUUAAUGAUAAAGUGACUAGAAGGCAACUCGCAGCAAUCGGUGAAGGAACUUUGGUCCAGGGAGUUAAGUGCGUGCCUACACUCGUUGAACCGAUGGACAUGGAACCUGGUGAAACCCGCCAAAGGAUCAAGAUAGUGGUGAGUGAAGGUCGUAAUCAUGAAGUUCGUCAUCUCGUUGAAGAUGCAGGUUUGCAGGUCCUUGCAUUGAAACGAGUUCGCAUCGGUGGAUUCAGGCUUUCUCGCAAACUAGGGAUAGGGAAAUUCGAUGAGCUCACAGAAGCACAAAUUGCCAAGGUUCUAGAUAAGAACCUACAGGCCAUUGUCUAGAGAAAGUAACUCCAGGCAAGAAUGACUGGUUUUGGCACCAAUUUUGUAGAUUAUCAUUCAGUAAGAGUAGGAUGAAAGCUCUAGCCGGGAAGAAAUCAACUUAUAUGUCACCAAAAUGAGACGAAUUGUCAACCAAUGUAUACGAGGUUUUACGAGUUUGUGGUACGCUAUCCAAUUUUGUGUUUCACCGCGUGAUUGACGUGAUUAAUACUUAUGUGACUGCUAAACGUGUUUUAUCACCGAUAUCUGCAAGGCGAACGUUUGAGAGUCUUUGCAUGGCAAUAAAACUAAUGACGU